UCUGGAGAAAUAGAACAAGUCGUUACCAAACUAUUGCGCACGACAAAGUCAUUACUGGAAGCUUUAACACAAUGGUCUGUUAUGCGCACUUCAAAAAAUGAAGUGCUUGAACUUCACGAUACCUUAGAAAAGCAGUUUUAUCUUGUUUCUCAAGCCUUUGAGGAAGCGGGAGUGGGAAUGAGCGAUCUGCAGUGGAUCCCGCGACAGCUAAAAGAAUCCGUUUCAGUAGCUAUGUUGGAUAUACCUUCACCUCACGCUUUAGACCAAUAUUUACCCAGAAUUAGAGAAGUCAUUGUACAUUUAUUGCAUGGUUUGAAGGGUAAACAAGCCAUGCUGAGAGAGAGGGAACGAGAGUCACGUGGAUCAAUUCGCUCAACUUCGUCAACAAGUGAUUCUUGGAAUAGAGAGGUGCCUUUAGCUGCCUUAAAUAGAGGUAGUGGAUCACAACGUAUUAUGAUGCAGCAGCAACAACAGCAAGGAUCGGUUACUUCACCUACCCUACCCCCUUCCUCGCCCUCUUCUACUGCCGCAAUUACCCAUAUUUCACCUCGCGGUAGCAGCAGCACUGAUUAUGAGCCAUGGUCAGGUGGUAUGCCUCGCCCUUCUUUGCCUACAAAUGACCUAUCUUCUAGAAUUAUGCCGCCAAGAAUGGGAUCUACGCAUCAUAUGCAAUCUACUCCAGCCCCUCGACGAUCGAACUCAUCUAGUAGAAGUUCUAAUGUUCAGCAGCAAAUUACAAUGCCAGCUCCGCCAAUACCUCCUCCACCAGCCCAAAACUCAUCAAUGCCGCAACAACAGCAACAAUCGUUCGAUGAAAACGAUCCAAACACAGCGAUCGCUUUAGCAGCAUUAAAAAGGCAAGAGAACCUGGCCCGCAGAUCUUCCGUUCGUAGAGCUUCAAUGUAUCGAGGCGAUUACAGUGGGGGGAUUGUGCCGCCUGUACCAUCUUUACCCGCCCAUCAUCAGCUACCUCUAAAAAAUGUAGAUUAUACAAUUGCAGAAUCUUCAGAAGAAGUUGAAGGAGAAAAUCUUGACAAUGUUAACAAGACUUUAACUCUUUUUCUUCAACUUGGUAAACAAGUACAGAAGGUCAAAUAUGGCGGCGAGAUUAGUAUUCCUGCUUUGAACAUGUUAUUUUUAGAGAAAUUCAGCUAUUCAAUCCGACAAGAUGACUUCCCAAAAAUCUAUAUAAAUGAUCCAGCAGUAGGAAUUGCUUAUGAGUUAGAAGACAUAACUGAAGUCAAAGACAAAUCUGUUUUGUCACUCAAUAUAGAUGGUAUGAUUGAGCAGAAAGAAGCAAAGAAAGAUUGGUUAGCAGAAAUCACUAGCUUUUUCAACAAGGAAAUUAUGGAAACCCGGCAAAUAUUCAAAGAGCAAUUAGACGAGCUGAAGAAAGAAAUGACGGAAACAGCUACGAAAUCUCAGCUAUUUAGAGAAGAGAAAGAAAAGGAAUUUUUGGAGCAUAUCGCAAUUCAUGUUUCUAAUUUGCAACAGCAGAAACACUCAACAACGGAUGAUAACGAAGUAUCAGCGAGGGUGUCUAUUUCCAAAAAUCAGUUCGAGGCUCAACGCGCCGAGAUCGACACCCUCCGCCGUGAGAUCAUCGUUCUUCGCCAGCUCGAUAGAGAAAUACGCGAAGAAACUUCCACAAUUAUCAGCCAACUAAAAGAAAAGACUGCUGCUAUCGAACAAGAAACAAAGGCUGGUGAAAUUCAACAACCAACACAAGCAUCCGUGGCACGUGCUCACUUGGAGAAGGGUAAAAAGAACCUCCUAGACAAAUCUGAUAAAGUCACUAGUCGCUUAGAAGAAUUGCAAGAUACCAUUGAUCAGCUCAAGUUAGAUGUUACACAGCGUAAAUGUCGACCUUCCGAGGCCCAAAUGACUCAUUGUGCCAAUGAACGCAAAGCUCUUACUGAAGAAAUUGAGGAGUUUGGCAAAUUGAUUGCUCAAAUUAGACCUCGUUGGAAAAAGACCUGGGAACAUGAACUGCAAACUAUUGUCAACGAACAACAAAUUCUUAAGGAUCAGGAAUAUCUUCUGUCAGAUAUGAAGGAUGAUUUAGAAGCGCUACUGGAAGUGUUUGAGCAAUUGGAAAAAAUUUAUGUGUAUCAGGCAAAUGCAAAACCUAAACCUCGUGAGUUCAGGGUAGCGCCUCCUGAAGAAGGCUAUGAAGGUAUGGCGAGUGUAAUGAAGCAAGUCUCGACGAUCGAUGUUGAUCAUGAACGUCGUUUGAAAGCAUUGGAGCAGGCUGAUAAAAUGAGACAACGAGAAUUGGCCAAUCGUAUCGAUGAUUUUGAAAAGGAAUUGAUAGGAUUUGUAGAGACGAAGAAGUUGAAAAAGACAGGCGGUGCCUUAGAAAUUGAUAGAAUACGUAAGCAGAAAGACGAGGAAAACCUAAAAGCUAUGUAUGCUGACAAAAAAGAAACAGCGGGAAACCCGCCACCAUUGACGGCAACCAAUACUGAAUCAGCAGUUUCAGAUACGGCUAAAACCAAUGAAGAGCAACCACAACAGGAAGAACAAGAAGAGGCAGUGUAA